AUGAACGCCCAAGAGAAAGCGUUCUUCAACAGUCCCAAGUUCAAGAAAUACGGCUUUAUCGUCAACGAAAAUGCCACGACUGUGUCUGAGUUCCAUAGACUAGCAGCCAGCCGCAAGUGGAAAGUUGGCGGGAAGCUCUGGCGCAAGCAAUGGCGAAAGUGCUACAAAAUAGAUUACCAGACCGCAAAGCCGGCGGCCGGAAACCAACCACAGCGCAGCAGUUCUGGCCAAAGUGUGCACCAGCAAGCUCGUCCGCAACACUCACUCCAGAAGCCUCCCCAGAACCACCAAGCCAAGCUUGAAGAUGGCGUCAAGCUUGGAUACUUCGAGAGCUUCCCGGACUUCGUCCCCGACCCGACCGAUUCUCUUGCUUCCGAGUUCAAGCGCCUCGCGAUUCACAAAAAAUGGGCCAUCAACUCCGCCGAAUACCCCACCAAGUUGGAGAACUUCCAGCGUCUCUGUGUGGAGGUCGGCAUUGAUCCUCCUCCGCCCUCAAUCACUCAGUGCAAGAAGGCGCUGAAGGGCGUCCUCGUCAACCUCGUCAAUCUUGUUGACAGCCGCCGAACAGGGGAGCCUAUCAAGCAGUUCGACACCUUCAAGGAAUUCCGUCGGUACACCUUUAAUGGAAGAGUCUUCCCCAAAAAUGAGGCGAAGGAGGACACGUUCUUAAAGGUACUCUUGCGUGGGUUCCGCAGGUCAGGCGGCUCCUGA